AUGUUCACCUUGAAAACAGACCUGCCACGAAUGUUACUUUUCGUGAUGAGUGGUACAGAUGACGAGAUCAGACAGAACGACAACUGCGAAAAUCAUGUCUACGAUUCAUUUCCCAACUCAAGUAUCUUCAGUGGCUGGUCUCCCUCCAUGGUCACUCUAUUUUCCUGUCAUCUAAAACAAACUCAAGACGAUGCGAAUACGCAGAGUUGUUAA